AUUUGUAACCUUAUUGGGAGACUCCUACAAGAAACCUGCUGCUGCUCCUGCUGCCUUCAGGGCCGCCACAGUUUCAUCCUCGGUCUCCUCAGGAGCCCACGAGGAGCCACAUCUGUCCUACUGGAGGAGCCAGGGAGUGUGUCCCUGGAAGAGGGCUGAGUCCCGAGCAUCUUCUGCAGAAGGCUCGCAAGGGAGUGAAAAACAAGAAUCCUUAAUGAAAUAGCCAACUUGGGAGACAAAUCAAGAUCUCCAGCUGAAGAUGGCUUUCCAUGUGGAAGGAUUGAUAGCUAUCAUUGUAUUCUAUCUUCUGAUAUUGAUGGUUGGAAUAUGGGCUGCUUGGAAAACCAAGAACAGUGGCAGUUCAGAAGAUAGUGAAGCGAUUAUAGUUGGUGGCAGAGAUAUAAGUUUGCUAAUUGGUGCAUUUACUAUGACUGCCACCUGGGUUGGAGGAAGUUUUAUACAUGGGACAGCUGAAGCAGUUUAUGUACCAGGUUAUGGUUUAGCUUGGGCACAAGCACCAAUUGGAUAUUCACUUAGCUUGAUUUUAGGUGGUCUGUUUUUUGCAAAACCAAUGCGUUCCCAAGGAUAUGUGACUAUGUUAGAUCCAUUUCAGCAAGUCUAUGGGAAGUACAUGAAUGUACUCAUCUUUAUUCCUGCCCUAAUGGGUGAAAUAUUCUGGGCUGCAGCUAAUUUCUCUGCCUUGGGUGUAAACAUCAGUGUGAUUAUUGAUAUCAAUAUAAACCUUUCAGUUAUUGUUUCUGCCUUGAUUGCAAUUCUGUAUACCCUGGUGGGUAGACUCUACUCAGUGGCCUACACUGAUGUUGUGCAACUCUUCUGCAUUUUUUUGGGACUGUGGAUCAGCGUACCUUUUGCGAUGUCACAUCAUGCUGUGGCAGACAUUGGAUUUACUGCUGUGCAUAAACUUUUCCAGGAACCUUGGUUAGGAUCUCUUAAAUCAAAUGACGUAUACACUUGGAUUGAUAAUUUUCUUUUACUGAUGAUCGGAGGGAUUCCAUGGCAACCCUAUUUUCAAAGAGUUCUGUCAUCAUCUUCAGCAACCUAUGCUCAGCUUCUAUCCUUUUUGGCAGCUUUUGGGUGUUUAGUGAUGGCUCUCCCUGGAAUACUUAUUGGUGCAAUUGGAGCAUCAACAGAUUGGAAUAAGACUACAUAUGGUCUUCCACACCCCAUAGAAAGGGAAGAAGCAAAUAUGAUUUUACCCAUUGUGCUGCAGUAUCUCUGUCCAGUAUACAUUUCUUUCUUUGGCCUGGGUGCAGUAACAGCUGCUGUAAUGUCAUCUGCAGAUUCUUCUAUCCUAUCAGCAAGUUCAAUGUUUGCUCAAAAUAUCUACCAACUAUUAUUCAGACAAAAUGUAAGUACUAUUUUAAAAAUAAUCAUUCUGUCUCCCUUUUCCCUAAGGGGAUUCCUUAUUUCCUAUUUCAUUUAAGAGCAUGAAAUAAGCUGGGACAUUCCCUUAUCCCGAAUAUUUUUUUAACUUGAUGAUUUACUUAAUAUCUAUAAGUAUGCUUAGCAAUAUCCUUUUAGCCAAUUGAUUAGAUGCCUUACUCAAUGCAACUUGAGGUUACAUCUCAAUUCAAUAGACUUGUAUUAAGCAAUAAUUAUUUAUAGCAAUUUGUGUCAAGUUCUGGGCACUGGAGAUACAAAGAGAAAAUCCCUGUUCUUAAGUUUAUGGCAUAGAUAACAUGAGUAAUACAUUUGAAUACUAAGUAAAAUCAUCCAAUAUGCCCAUUAGGUUAUAAGGAAGGACUAUGUAUAGAAGAUGUCACCUAAGCCUUGAAAGAAACUAAGUAUCCUUAAAAAGGGAGUAUAUUUCAGUCAUGAGACAAAGCCUAUGCAAACCACUCAGCCUGAAAAGCAGAAUAUAGAAGUAUCUAGAUGGCAGAGUGAAUAGAUCACUGGACCAAAAGUCUGAAAGAUCAAUUUGAAUCCUA